AUGGAUUCCGAUCAUCUUCGGUUAUCUGUGCUGCGUGCGUUUCACUACCUGAUUCGGCGCAUCCUUAAUGAAGUUCCACUUGCUGAUUCCCGAUGGCGCUCAUUUCUCAAGUUACCUGUUACGAACCAAUCGUCGCUAGCUACCCCUAGGGCUACGAGCCAUAAAGCUGCCUUGGCGUCCCCUAUUGACCCCUGCUUGGCAUCAAGAGGGUCAGGUGGGCGCCGAUCUCUUCGGAGUCGACCCUUAGACUCGACAACAUUACGUCACCAUGGGUUUACCUUCAAUGAGACGAGUAUAGGAGAUGGGGACCAAGAUCUUGUUCGUAGUCGUGCCUCCGAAUUUGGACAACGAUGUGGUACCACCUCUUUAUCGGCUCUAUCAGUUGCAGCUUCAUUACAAGGCAACCCUACAGCCGAAAUCUUAUCCGCAGAACCAGCUAGUCAAUCAGGUCCUGUUGGAUGGUCUGGCCUUCUCGGGAACGUUGGAUUCCCGUUUGUUGGACUUGCACAAACUGCUUGCAGUGACACUUCGAAUCCCGCCCUGCCUGGGGACCUACAACGACCUUCUGUGGCUUCUCACGUCACUGGUACCCCAGCCUCAACUCCCACUUCUUCAACCUCAACCGAUGCGGCUGCAUCAGUUGCACCCAUGCUCUCAGACGGCUCUGGGGCUCUUCAUUUGCCAGCCGAGUGGUAUAGGGCCAAGUUGGUCGCAUUGGAUCGACUCGCCGAAUUCUGGCGUCAAUGCAUGCAGAAUUAUUUACUAAAUAAUCCCAUGGUCCAGCCGCUUAAUGAAGAAAGUAGCUCCGGGAAUAAUAGCGAAGAUCAUGUUAUCUCGCCUAUGGGUGGUGAUUCGCUUGGACUACUUCCAUUGGCCCAAGCGGCCAGCUGGCUCAGAUUGGGUGUCUACAUGAAGAGUUUUUUCUCCGCCUCUGAACACUCUCAAGGUGUGGGCAAGCGACGUCAUCGAGCUGGUAUUGGAGCCAUAAUGGGUCCAGAUGGUCGUCCGCGACGGCGCUAUUACGCAGGGGAGCUGGCCGAUUGGAAUCGCACCGACCAAGUCGUUCUAAUCUCAGACCCUCUAGGCCUGGGGACAGGAGUUUCUGGUGGGGAGGAAGCUGGCAAAAUAGACAUUGGACUUGAUGCACGCCAUCUAUGCACCGUUAAGGUAGACGAGCCGGUAUUGCCUCAAUAUGCUGCGGAACUCAUUCAGCGUGUCGAUCCUGAGCUGGCACGCCGGGCUGCUGAAGACAUUACCAGGCCGACUUGGAUUGAUGGCCACUUGAGCAAUGACGAGCCCUCUGAAAUCAAGGACAAGGAUUCGGACGACGAUAUAAGAUCGGAGGAGAGUGAAGAGGAUGAUUGCAAAUCACCUGCUUUAUCGUCCGGGCGACUUACUGACGCCACCGUUGGUCUCGACAUAAUCUCUCAGUUGGGUCGACCUAGUUUGACACAUCUUGUCUGCAGUUUGGCUACAGGGGCCGAGUUGCUAGAGGGUAUGCACUAUCUACAAACUCGGCUGCUACUGGAUCCACCGCCAGAGAGUAUUCAGUCCAUCCUAUCCUCUGUAUGUAUGUCUUCCGGUUUCCCUGCUUCCGGAAUCAAUCUUUUGCGUCCUGGCGAGCUCCUCCGCCAGACACCCAGCCUUCUGCCACGUCUUUUGAUCAGGCUAUCUGCUUCUUGUCACAAGAUGAUGCUUAAUUUGGUAGCACCGGAGGCAGAAACUAUUUCUACUGCUGAUUCGCCAGUUGAAAAAACUCCAUCAACCAAAAAUGUAAUCCAUCAGGCCUCGGCUCAUGGCUUGUUACCCCGUGGCUCAGAAGAGGCCAGAGCCCAGGCUCUUGCACACAUCCGUUCUGCUGCUGGCCUAGUUACUGCUGCGAUAACCGCCGCAGUCCGUCUUCGCCGUAGACAUUUGAUACCCCGAGCUAGAUACGAAUUACAGGCUGGGAAGGCCGCCGUAGAUGUUACAGGCAGAUUUAAGCACGGGAAAUUACCAGGUAGCUGCGUAAUCUACUGGACAUGCUGGAUAACAGAUGCAUGGCCAUAUGGCAUUGGCACAUAUCUACUAAAAAUGCUGGAUCUUCUUUCUCGGGUUUGCCGACUCCCCUACGCCUCGAGCGGAGCUUCAUCACGACUAUCCUCUUUGAUAGGAUUAUCAGUUGAGCUCGCAGGCAGCUUGCUUACUGCUGCAGAAUCACGUGUUAACUGGGCCGAAGAGCAACAAUCUGUUAUAGAUCAAAAUGACCUCCGAAGCGAAGGUAUCGAUGCCUCUAGUACAGAAGAAGGCGGCUGCAUGGACACGGAGGGGGGCGAUCAGGGAGCCAACAAGGACCGAUCCAGAGGUGGAGAGGACGAUGAAGGCCAGACAGAAUCUUCUCAGCGCAUUUUCGCCUGUCAACUACAGUCUGUUCAGCGCAUGCAUCGAAUGCGAGUCUGGUUUGCAAGGCUGCGAACGCGGCUCAUCACUUUCGUCGCAGACCGACUAGGACGGCCUGAGGCAGGCCUAGAGCUAGCAGUGCACUAUACCGAUCGCGAACAGAUCCUCCGUCUCUGUUUGGUCCUGGAGGAUGCACAGGCAGCUGGAUACAAUGAUGGUUUCCAGCCCGAUGGCCCAAUGAUGACUUCUUGUCUUGAUCCUGUACAGUCCUCAUGCUCAAAUUUUGCUCAUCAUUCUCGACUCGCCGGACUUCUUAAUUCGCUGCCGGUCAAACUCAAUCUUCCUGACUAUGCCCUCCAGUGGCACCUAGAUCGUGGUGACAAGGCUCGUGUUCAGUCUCUGCUGGCCUUGCUGCAAACAAUGCAGCGGACCUCCGAGAAUUCUAAUACGGAGCAUCAAGGAAGUGUCCCCGUUUCUACUGUUUCUGGUCUCAGUUUGGACGAGCGACCGCUUGUCAACAGCCAUUCUGUUCCAUCCCAUGGUGACUUGGUUGACCCUGUCUUCUCAUUUAGUGAAUCCGAUGCACCUGAGAUCAAUAGCUCUACUCUCAGAAUCUCAGAAUUGAAUCAAAAAUCUUCUUUGGUCUGA